CAGAUAACGCGCAGGUGUCAGCAGAGAGAGAGAUAAAGACGCCACCUUAAGAAGCCGAUUAAACUCGAACCUCGGCUGCUCGUUGAAGAACUGACGCGUAUUUUGCGAUGCGCUUAUACUGGGACCACAUGCGCUGAUUUUGCGGAAGUUUUCCAACGACUGUGAUGGUAAAUAUGUACGUGGAUACGUGGAAAUAAUAUUGACAAUAAUUGCACUUAUUCCCAGAGGAACUUUACAAGGGCGGAUGAACUGCGCCUGGAUUUUAUCUGUACAUUCACGCAAGGAUUCUGGGAUUGCUGUUUGCUUUUGUACGGUAAACAUACCGAGGGCAUGGACAUGUUUUGGCUUUUAAAGAGUGCAACAUUUUGGCUUGUAAACUUGUAAAGUGUAAGGAGACUUGAUGUGAAAUGAAGUCAAGUUUGCGUUAUGCUGACUAAGGUUAACCUAUGAAGUAUUAACCUCAAAAGCAGGCUUAUUUAAACCCAUUCCAAUUGAUGAGGUUCAACCUUUUCUCUUAAAUCAGCAUCUAACUUCUAAUUUGGAAAUGAUGAUGUCAUCAUUCAUCUGUUUUUAUUAUUUUUAAACGUAUACAUUUCAUUACCUGCAUAAACAUCAAACCAAAAUCAUGGAUGUUGAUGGAAGCCCUCAUUCUUCAAGUGGCGCCUCUAAGCGCAACAUCAAGGGUAGGUUCUCCCUAUCCAGCUGGCGUUCCUCUUCGAGGACCAUCACACGGGAGGAACGGGGUGGGGAGGAGGUGAAUAAAAGGCUCCUCUACAUUGUCAACCAUCACCAGGACCAAACAGACUCUGUGAGCGGUCCCAUCUCCAAAUCUCUUGAGGUUAUAGCAGGGUUAGAUGGCUCGACCACCACCAUGACCACGUCCAGUCCAUCUCACCUCCACAGAUCUACAUGUGAGUCGCCGGGGCCUGCGGUUGCCCCUAUGGUGUGCGAUUCAGAGGAAAGGGUCUUUGGCAACCAACCCACGUUUCUCCAGAGACAAUUCAGCUCCUUGCUGCAGCCAGGGGUGAACAAGUUCUCCCUGCGAAUGUUCGGUAGUGCAAAGGGUGUAGCAGCUGAGCAGGAAAGGGUGAAGGCAUUUGGGGUUUGGAUUAUACAUCCAUAUAGUGACUUCAGGUUCUAUUGGGAUUUGGUGAUGCUCUGCCUUAUGAUGGGCAACCUUGUGAUCCUACCAUGGGGCAUCACCUUCUUUGAAGACCAGAACACACUACCCUGGAUCACCUUCAACGUGGCCUCCGACACACUUUUCCUGGCAGACCUCGUCUUAAACUUCCGGACGGGUAUCAUGGAGGGCGACAACUCCGAGAUCAUCCUGGAUCCGCAAGUGAUCCGUCGCCGUUAUCUGCGUGGCUGGUUUCUAGUGGACUUUAUCUCCUCCAUCCCGGUGGACUACUUCUUCCUGAUUGUGGAUAUAGAGGCCCGGCUGGAGUCGGCGGAGGUGUACCGCACCGCCAGGGCUUUGCGCAUCGUUCGCUUCACCAAGAUCCUUAGUCUGCUCCGAUUACUGCGCUUGUCCAGACUUAUACGUUACAUCCAUCAGUGGGAGGAGAUAUUUCACAUGACCUAUGACCUGGCCAGUGCGGUGGUUCGCAUUGUGAAUCUGAUCGGAAUGAUGUUGUUGCUGUGUCAUUGGAACGGCUGCUUGCAGUUCAUGGUGCCAAUGUUACAGGAAUUCCCUCCGGACUGUUGGGUCUCCAAAAACAACAUGGUGAAUGCCACCUGGGAUGUGCAGUAUUCGUAUGCCCUCUUCAUGGCCAUGAGUCACAUGCUGUGCAUUGGUUACGGAGCCCAGGCACCCGAGGGGCCGACUGACGUCUGGCUCACUAUGAUCAGCAUGAUCAUUGGUGCCACCUGCUACGCUAUGUUCCUGGGCAAUGCCACCAACCUCGUCCAGUCACUGGAUGCCUCCCAUCGCCAGUACCAGGAGAAGUACAAGCAGGUGGAACAGUACAUGUCCUUUCACAAGCUGCCUGCGGAUAUGAGACAGAGGAUUCAUGAUUAUUAUGAGCAUCGCUUCCAGGGCAAGAUGUUCGACGAGGAGAACAUUCUCGGAGAACUUAGUGAUCCACUCAGAGAGGAGAUUGUGAACUUUAAUUGUCGUGGACUUGUGGCUAACAUGCCGCUUUUUGCAAAUGCCGAUCCUCAUUUCGUCACAGUCCUCUUGACGAAGUUACGCUUUGAGGUCUUUCAACCGGGUGACAUAAUAAUUCGUGAAGGGAUGCUCGGUCGGAAAAUGUACUUCAUUCAGCACGGCUGCGUCAGCGUAAUCACACACGACAAAAAGGAGAAAAAACUUAAUGACGGCUGUUACUUUGGAGAAAUAUGUCUGCUGAACCGUGGACGUCGCACAGCGAGCGUCAUAGCCGAUACCUACUGCAGGCUUUAUUCGCUCAGUGUUGACAGCUUUAAUGAAGUUUUGGAGGAGCAUCCAUUAAUGAGAAGGGCAUUCGAGAGUGUGGCUGUGGAUCACCUGUCACGCGAGGGAAACGGUGUUGUGUAUCCAAAAAAAGCCACGGAGGACGAUGGAGAAUGACAUUUUCGUACAUGAGAUCUAAAACGAGACAAAAAUGAAUGUAGAGCAACGCAGAGGAAAGUGUUACAGUCUUCACAUAAAGCGUAUUUGUAUGUAUUUGUGAUGCCUUUGACAUUAAUGACAGUGUACAGUUGCAGUAUAGUGUAUCUAUUUAAAAUAUUUUUUUAUAAUCCUUAUAGGAAUAUACAUAUUUAAGCAAUACUGGUUCAGUACUUUUAAUAAUAUUUAAUGGCUGAUUUUAGAAAUGCUGGAUUCAUAUAUUUCAUUUCAGUAACAAAAACAUUUGCUCCUUCACUUUUAAAAAUAACAAAAACAUUUUUUUUAUGUAUAUAUGACAAGAACCGUUGUGCUUUAAAAAAAAGUUUCUUUGUAAAGGGUAAGAAAGAAAUCGUUAUUUUGGGAACCUUUAAGGGCUCUAAAUGGUUCUGGUUAUGGUUCUUUUGUGACAUCGCUGUAAAGAACCCCUUUGUAGCACCUUUAUUUUCAACAAACGAGCUGUUUAACAUGGUAAGCUAUUUAUGCAGCAAUAUAUUAUAAUAGGCUAUAAUCAAAUAAAGACAGCACAGCGAAAUUAAAUGAAUAAAGGGUCGUAAACAUUCAACAUGCAUUGACAUCUGAAACAUUUAAAAUGUAAUAUAAAUUCAUACUUUUAUCAUUUUUUUUCUAACCCAUGAGUUUAUAAGUUUAAAUAAUAGUGUUUUUGGUUGGUUGGCCUGAAUGAAUUGCUCCCCAUUUUGCAUUAAACAACUUAAAAGUUUGCGUCUCUUAACCUGACUAAAACAGUGUUUCUGUUCCCAGUGAUUGUCAUGUUGCUGGUUCUUAGAUGAAUCAUUAAUGCCUGGUGGAGGUAACCAUAAAUAAUGACAUCAGGUUAAAGUCCUUGUAAAGUCAGAUAUAAAAUGUGUUCUGAG